ACAGGUGAUUUUUUAAAUCCAUGUGUAUUCUAAUGAACUGGUACCUGAGAUUCACUCGUGGUGAAGUUCUAAGUUUGGCAAAACUGACUCAAGUUCAGCAUUGUGUUUUCAGCAACAGAAAGAAAAAUGUCACACAAACACCUGAAAGAAGCCUUCGUCAGCAACUUAAAUGGAACCAGUUUGCUGGAAAUCUCCCUGGGCUUGUCUUUGGCUCCACUCUGCCUGCUUUGCAGAGGGCUUCUCUUGGUUUUAUAUCACCUGCAUUGCAGGAAACCUCUCAGUUCAAGGAAAUACAGUCUGCUGCUAGACUUCCUUGUGUUAGUCUCUCCCCUUGUGUUCUCCUGCACAGUCUUGUCUCCAGUCCUCUUUGUCGUGCCAGCUACCCUUGCAGCCUUCUGUGCUGGAAUAUUUUCCAAAAUAUACAGCCAAAGAAAACAUGAGACCAAGGUGCCUUUUAGGCAACUUGUAAAAGAUUUCCAGGAGACAUAUUUGGAUCCAGAAUACGUUCCAGCCAUAACUGUGUUUCGCGUUUUUAUCAAUGUGUUGACAUCCAUCAGCAUUUUAGCAGUGGAUUUCCCACAGUAUCCAAGGCGAUACGCCAAAGCCGAGACUUAUGGAACAGGAGUUAUGGACUUCGGGGUUGGAGCUUUUAUUUUCGGUAAUGCUCUUGUUUGUCCUGAGGUUAGACAAAAGUCUUACGUGACACAAUCAAAAUUUUCUAGUCUGGCCAGGCAGUUCUUUUCUGUUUGGCCACUGAUUUUUCUUGGUGUUGGAAGACUGCUGAGUGUUAAAUCUAUAGAGUAUCAUGAACAUACUUCAGAGUAUGGGGUGCACUGGAAUUUUUUCUUUACCUUAGCAUUUGUGAGGCUUGCAGCAUCUCUACUUUUAGCCACGUUUCCGAAAAAUAAAUCGUGGAUUGUUGCUAUAAAUCUCGCUGUACUUUAUCAGCUUAUUCUUAACACUACCUCUCUGAAGAUGUUUAUCUUGCAUGGGAGCAAUGGCGGAGAUUCUAGGGUUGGCUUUUUAAAUGCCAACAGGGAAGGGCUACUUUCUCUCUUUGGAUAUCUGGCCAUAUAUAUGGCGAGUGUCCAAGUGGGGCUGUGUCUGCUGAAGUGCAGAAACUCUGUCAAAGGCUGGAUUGAGGCGGUGUGCUUCUUACUGCUGACAGUUCUCCUGCUCUUCCUGCUCCUUCAUGUGUCGCAGGCGUACGUGGACCCUGUGUCCCGCCGGAUGGCCAAUCUGUCCUACUGCAUAUGGGUGCUUGCUCACUGUCUGACGUUCUUAGCCUGGUUUGUAGUGACUGAUCUCAUGUUGGUGUUCACAAAGCUGCUUGUGAAGGGGGCCCGUGUGCCCUGUUGCUGGAACAUUGUGCAGUCCCCUCAUACCAGUAAAAAGCAGGAAACAGAGGCUGUGCCUGUUGGAGGGGAAGGCAUUUGCCUGAUUAGCGCCAUUAAUAAAAAUCAAUUACUGUUUUUCUUGCUAGCAAAUGUUAUGACUGGUGCUCUAAAUAUGCUGAUAGAUACAAUCCACAGCAACACAGCAUUUACAUUAUGUAUACUACACUUCUAUAUGUUUUUUAACUGUUUAAUUAUGUUUAUGUUACACACCAAAAAUAUAGUAUUAAAGUUUUGGUGAUUCCACUCCUUCUUAAGAGGACUAGUUGAACUUUGUUUGUUGUAGUUGAAUCAGGGCAUUAGAAUGGAAAAAUCAAUAUUUUUCCUGCAUGUAUUGCAAUAAUUUAUGAUGUAGUAUAGCUUUUUAUGAUUUAGUGUUGGUUAUUUCUUUACUGAUUUGUUUUACCAAAUUAAUACAGUCAAUGCUGUUACCUGUUGGAGUUGUUACACCUUUUCCUGAAAACUUAGGUUUUGAGAUUGUUUGCUGAAUCCUCCUGCUGCUCCUAGAAGUACUCACACAGAAGAGUAGCACUGGUGAAAUGUGUUCGUACCUAGUGCUGGCAGGAUUAAAUAACGAUGCAUAGGGUAAAGGCCAGAUGAAUAGUAAGAAAAUGAGUAAUUAGACUUAGCUGUGUCAAGAUUUACCUAGUUAAGGGCCUUGGAUAGAUAACAGAUAAGAAUAAUUCUUUAUAUAAAAUGUAGUGAAUAAGUGGAUACUUAAAAAUGUUUUGGCCCCAGUUCUGCAAAGAUUUAUGCAUAUGCUUGACUUUGAUGGCAAUAAUUGUAUGUGGAAUGUGGAAUGUUAAUCAUAUACUGAAAUCUCAAUUAGCCUCUGAAUCAAAGCUAUAUUUUAUUUUCAUCCUCACUGAUGAAUAUAAAUGAAGACCCUAGAUAAACUGUGGUGCUCUGAAGGAUAAAACUCAACUGCAGAUGAAUUCAUAAAGCAGUUGUUGGAAUUUGUGGUGCAGAUAAUAAGAGCAGUGCAGCCUUUUAUAAGCAAAUACAAAGAUCCAAAACUAAUUCUCUCCCAGCCUGCGCACCAACAUGUUGUGACAGCUUAUCUUCAGGAACGCUGUAAAAUAUGGCCUUCAGCUCUACUUUGAAAGCACUGAAGGCCCACCUACUUGUCUAUAAAGUUAUUUUAAACAGCAGCUCAUUUAGCACUGUAUUUUGACAGCAGAGAUGUGUUCAAGUGGGAACACUGUAUUAAUUUUUAUUAGCAAACAAACAGUGUGCAAAUGGGAAGAAGCACGACACAGUCGGGUAGAACAUCAACAAGAGAUGUUCUUAGUUUCUCUGUAACGGUCUUCCUGCAAGAGCAGAACACCUUCUUCGUUCACUUUCCUAACUGUGGCCGUUCUUCCUGACCCCAUUAAGUUUUGGAGAAGAGAAAUAUAUUUAAAGAUUGGGAGGAAUUCAAUAAUGGGAGAUAUAAAUACUUCAGAAGGAGAAUGCAAAUGGUAGUUGGUGAUAGAUGCCUGAUGUCAGUGGAGUUAUAGCAGUGCACAUAGGCCAUAUUUCAAAUUUCUCCUUGUCUAUCAAAUGUGAUGAAUCAUAAAACCUAUGGAGAUUAAGCCUGUAAAUCAGGUUCCUUAAGGCAGACAUGCUGAGGAAUAUUAAAUUUAUGAGUUUCUCUUAGCCACUGGCCAAUGGAGGGGUGAAGUCUGAGCAUGAUAGGCUGUGCUCAUGCUGUUUUCAUGCUUGUUUACUUUCCAGUUACAGCCAAAUGGUCUUCAGAAUAAAAAAAAAAAACUAGCUUGUAUUAUCCAGGAGACAACUGCAACUAAUUGGAAAUGACAUCUUAUUAACGGUUGUCACGGUUUAUAGCAGAAGUUUCUGGUGAGGGGUGUGUGUAGUUGUUUGAAAACGUUUCCUACAGAAGAAUAGCCCUCAUCGUGAACUGCAUGGCCCUACUCAUUUAUGCAAAAUUACUCCUGGAUAUUAAUUUUUGAAAUAUUUGAAGCACAAGACCUGCAGUGAGUUCUGCUUGUGCACACAAGCCUAUCAAUGUGAUUCAGAAUUAAGGCAUUAACUGGGUGUAACAAAGAGGAGUUGCGUCUGGACAAGCAGCAAACCAUCUAGAUGCCAACUCCCAUUUCGUGAAGCAAAAAUUCUGUGGGAGGUCUGCCGUGUCUGUGCAGAGCCCUGAUAGCUCCGCACAGGCAGCCGGGUACCAAUCCCAGAACCGGAGCAGCAGUUUGCAACAGAGCCUGCAAACCAAGAAGACCGUAGUCCACAAGUAACAAACAGAGUGGGAACAAUCCGCUUCUCUCACCAACGGCACAACCCCACACCAUAAGGCCAUCUCCCACUUUUGAAGCUGUAUGAAGUAAGUUGUUCACCACUGAAUUAAUGAGAGAAAAUUAAUUCUUAUUGCUUAUUGUCAAUAACAAAUGCGGCAAGCUUUGCCCUGAAGCAACCGGCGUAGGUAGUAAUGCCGAAUGUUUAGGCUAUGAAUAGAUGCAGAUAAUUAACGCUGCCUCUGAAAGAACCAAGAAACGCAAGCAUUCUUUGAUCACAGGGUCUGCGUGAGCAAACGGCACUGUGAUGAGGCUGAAAAGAUGCAAGAGAAGCUAACACCACGACGCUGGUGCAGACAUGCUCCACUUGCACCUCAGUAGCUAUGAGUUCAGAUGUUGGUAGGGACAUGAAUUCUACAUUUCAUUUCAGUUUGGGGUGCAUUUAGGCAACUAAGCUUGUACAGAUCAAAGAUACAGUUAAAAACCCAGGAACUUUUAUUUAGCUGUUACAUAAUUAGUAAAAGUUAAAGAUAUUUCAACUACUCGGACUAAAAUGGCUCAACUGUAGGAUGCGACUGACUUCAGUAAUAGUAAAACAGGGGACUGGGAAAAUAUGUUUUGUCUUUGAUGCUGCAAUUCCACUGAAUGACCUUUAUGUAGGGCUGCAGGAUGGAAAAAAAUACAGUGGGAGAGUAGAGCUGAGUCCGUUUAUCCUUCUUGUUUGUUAAACAUCAGUUAGCGUCUUACAAAAUUUCUUUAUUUUUAACGACCAACUUAGGCAUGCCUUCCCUUCCAACCCAGUAGUGUCUCUUUUGAAGUCAAAUGUUACCAUAAAGAUUUCAGGCAGUAUCCUAUUUCAAAGCCCUGAUGUCUUAAAGAACAGGUAUUUCUUCUAGGCAUGCAAACGAAAACAUGAAGAGGCUGUCUUUCCACUGUGUAAUGAGAGGGCUGCAUUUUCUAGCAAUGUAAAAAAGUAUUUUCCAUGGAUAAAAAAAGGACACAAAAUAUUCUGGUGUUUUUCAUACAAAGUUUACCAGUGUGCACGCUGAGGAUGCAGCGUUUGGAGCAUUAGUGUUUAGUUAGUGUGAUCCAACCUCGCUCUUGGAGUGGAGAAGCAGAAAGGAUGGAGGAACCCGCAUUCUGAACGGACCCUGUGAGGACAAGAUGCUCCAGUGGGAGAAACUGUCCCUUGUCACUAAACACCAGCUUUUUUUUCUUUUCAUUUAAGAAGAAGACCAUGGGAAUAUACAAACUGCAAAGUGCGCAGCGAUGUGGCGCUGCACGAUGUUUCUGCUGGAGGUAGAGAUGCUGCAUGAUGAGUGCAAGUAAAUCAACUCCUACACUAAAGAUGUUUUUAAUGCAGAAAGAAGAGAAAAUAUCCUGCUCCCUAGUUGUCUCCCUUGCAUUUUCUUGUGAGGACUUUAGUAUCUAUACACAUAAAUAAUAAGAAUGAGCAGGCCAGCUGUAGUAUUUAAUAGAAGAGAGGAGACUGAGGGGAGACCUUGUUGCUCUCUACAGCUACCUGAAAGGAAGCUGUAGCAAGGUGGGUGCUGGUCUCUUCUCCCAAGCGACAAGCGUUUUGACAAUAGGAAAUGGCUUUAAGUUGCAUCAGAGGUGGUUUAGGUUGGAUAUUAGGAAAAUUUGCUGACGUAGUGGUGAAGCAUUGGGACAGGCUGUCCAGGGAAGUGGUGGAGUUGCCAUCCCUGGAGGUGUUGAAAAAACAUGCAGAUAUGGCACUUCAGGACAUGGUUUAGGAGGCAUGGUGGUGUGCUGACGGUUGGAGUUGAUGAUCUUAGAGAUCUUUUCCAGCCUUAGUGAUUCAAUGGUUGCAGCAGUGCGCUGCAGAAGCCAACAGCCACAGGUUAGAGACUGCACAAUCAGAGCCUGCCUUACUGGGCAGGUAACAGCACAGGGAGGUCUGGGGCUGCACUUUGAUGUUUCGAGCAUUUUUGUUACCUUUUGCUCGCUCUGCGCUUGGCUGCAUUGAGACCAAAACUUGCGUCAGGG